AUGGAUCGAUAUUUUAAGAAACUUUCUCCUAGUGUUGCUGCUUCAUCUUCGUCAGUUAAUGGACCUACACUUCUUCAACCUCAAGAGUCCUUGAAUGAAGAUAAACUUGAAGCUGAUCCAGAAAAUAUUCCAAGUGAUCCAGGGAAACGACCUGAUAUAAUGAGAUAUUCGUCAAACUCAAUAGAACGGGUGCUUAGAGCUUACUUACUUAAAGGUCCAUGUCAACCGCGCGAACAUGAUUUUCCUCCAAUAACUGAUGGAAAGCGACAACGUAAAUUUGUCGCGCCUGAUGAAUUCAAAGAUUGUGAAGAGAUAGAUAAUGUUAUACUGAAAAAUGCUCCUGCAAACCUCAAACUGACAUCAUCGGAUAUUCAGAAAGACGUCAUUAAUGCAGCUUCUGUUGAGACAACAAAACUUAUUGUAGAUGAUAUAGGAGACAACUCUUUCUCCAUAUUAGUCGAUGAGUGCCGAGAUGUGUCCGUCAAAGAACAAAUGGGUGUUGCGGUACGAUAUGUGGAUAAGAAUGGAUGUCUCAAUGAACGUCUUCUUGGUAUUGUGCAUGUCGGUGAUAUGAUUGCAACCACACUUCAGAAGGCACUUGAUUCUUUGUUAUCGACUCAUGGUUUAAGUGUAUCAAGUUUGAGAGGUCAAGGAUAUGAUGGUGCAAGCAACAUGAGAGGAGAAUUCAAUGGGUUGAAAAGUUUGAUUCUCAAGAGAAAUCCUAGUGCUUAUUAUGUGCACUGUUUUGCACAUCUGCUUCAACUCACAAUUGUUGUUGUUGCUAAAAAAACAUACAAAAGUUCAUGUAAGCGCAGAGAUGUGCUACGAGAGAGUCAAAGAGCAAAGGUUGUUGAAGGGAUUGCAAGUGAUGAAAUUAAUACCGGAAGAGGAUUAAAUCAAGAGAAGUCAUUGACACGACCCGGAGAUACUCUUUGGAGUUCGCAUUGUGGUACUCUCAUCAACUUGAUGCAUUUAUUUUCUUCUAUUAAUGAUGUUCUGGACUAUGUCGGGGAGUAUGGUUAUGAGGAUGCACAUAGGGCUGACGCUUUGGAUGUGCAAGAAAUUCUAAAUCAUUUUAAGUUUAUCUUUGUGUUGCAUCUUAUGAGGAAACUCUUGGGAAUUACACAUGAUCUCUCUCAAGUUCUACAAAAGAAGGAUCAAGACAUUGUUAAUGCUAUGAAUCUUGUCAAAGUAGCAAAAACACGUUUACAAGUAAUAAGGGAAAAAGGUUGGGAGGUUUUGCUUUCUAAAGUUACAAAGUUUUGUAGAACAAAUGAGAUUGAUGUGCUUGAUAUGGAAGAUGAGUGUGUAGUUAGAGGAAGAGGAAGGCGUAAAAUUGAGAAAAUAAAAAAUCUCCACCAUUAUCGAGUAGAGUUGUUUUGUUCAGUCAUUGAUAUGCAAGCUCAAGAGUUGAAUCACCGUUUUAAUGAAGUCAACACAGAUUUACUUCUGUGUAUGACUUGUUUUGAUCCUAGAAACUCAUUUUCUGCAUUUGAUUCAGAGAAGCUGCUUCGUCUUGCCAAGUAUUAUCCAUCUGAAUUUUCUGAAGUUACUUUGUAUGAGCUUAAAAGUCAGCUUGAUAACUUUAUUUUUGAUGUGCGCACAGAUGAAAAGUUUUCAAAAGUAUCGGGAAUUGCAGGUCUUGCUCAGAAUAUGGUUUCUACAAGGAAACAUGAGAAUUUUCCGUCGGUUUAUUUGUUAAAUAAACUGUCAUUGCUCUUACCCGUUGCCACUGCUUCAGUAGAAAGAGCUUUUUCAGCAAUGAAGCUCGUUAAGACUUCUCUACGGAAUCGUAUGGGAGACCAGCUAUUGAAUGAUUGUUUAGUUCCUUAUAUUGAUAAUGAUGUGUUUGUUAAUGUAAUUAAUGAAGCUAUUAUGCAGCGGUUGCAGAAGAUGAAAAGUUGA